AUGAGGAAAGCUAUCCAGCACGUUUGCAUUGUGUUUCUUCUAGUAAGCAUCGGAACGGUGUUGUUUCAGGAAGAAGGUGAGGAAACCGAGUCUCCAGAUGGAGAUUCCAAAAGCGAAGGACCAUCAGUCGCACCGGAAAUAGUGGCGCAACCGAAGCUACUGGAAUGGGAACCACAAUAUUCUAAAGCCCCUGAGGGUCGAGGGAACAUUACUGAUAAAAUCUUCAGAAAGGGAGCUAAAGAAGAAUUGUCGACGAUAACCUUCCUCAUGAUGUCCGUGAUGGCUUUCUUAUUGUAG